AUGUCGCAAUUCAUUACUUUUCCGAAGAUGAUCAUGAGCACCAAAAGUAUGAAAGAAUCAUUUGCCUUUAUGUUACCUAAACACGUGAACAGUAGUACUUUGCGAGUGAAGUUAAUGAUAAAAAUACAAAAUGGUGGAGUCUCCAAGGUAUGACUGCUCUUGUGACUGGUGGAGCCAGCGGAAUCGGGUAUGCCGUAGUAGAGGAGUUAGCUAGCUUUGGAGCUAGAAUCCAUGUAUGUGACAUCUCUGAACCUCUGCUCAAUCAAAGUUUAAGCGAAUGGGAAAAGAAAGGGUUUCAAGUAAGUGGUUCAGUCUGUGAUGCAUCCAAUCGUCUCGAAAGAGAAACACUUAUGAAAACUGUCACAACGAUAUUCGAUGGCAAGCUUAACAUUCUUGUGAAUAACGUUGGCACAAUUCGCGCAAAGCCAACAAUAGAGUAUGAGGCAGACGAUUUCUCGUUCCAUAUUUCAACAAACUUGGAAUCUGCUUAUCAUCUAAGCCAACUUUCACAUCCACUUCUAAAGGCUUCAGGCUAUGGAAGUAUUGUUUUUAUUUCCUCUGCUGCAGGGAUUGUAUCAUUUGAUGCUGCAUCCAUUUAUGGUCUAACGAAAGGAGCUUUGAACCAGCUAGCAAGAAAUUUGGCAUGUGAAUGGGCAAAAGACGGCAUAAGAGCCAACGCUGUUGCUCCUAAUUUUAUCAACACUGCUCUAGCUCAAUCUUUUCUCGAAGACGCCGGUUUUAACGAGAGUUUGUCAAGUAGAACUCCACUUGGUCGCGCUGGAGAACCAGGAGAGGUUGCAUCACUUGUGGCUUUUCUAUGUCUACCUGCUGCUUCAUAUAUUACUGGUCAGACCAUUUGUGUUGAUGGAGGUCUUACUGUUAAUGGCUUCUCCUAUAAGCCACAGGCUUGAGCCGGGUCUUGUGUUGUGUGUUGGUCUCAUCAAGAACGUCCAACGAAAUAUUAUUAUAUUGGCAAUCCCCCGCACCGGUUACAAGUGAUAAAUCAUCAUUUGUAUUAACAAUAAAUUUUCUUUGGACUU